GCAUAUUUGGUUUGUUUACGGGACUACCAGACAACCGGUUGCUCCUGCCCAUCAACCGGCAGAUCAGUGCAAUCGGGUGCUUUAGGUUGAGAUCGUCUUGCAUCAGCAACGCAGAUACCUGAGAGAACAUCUUGUACCACCGUUACCUUGACCAUCGGAUACUAUGAACGAUUGAGCGGAUAGCAGACAACCAUGAACAAUUCGUCGCGGAUGUAUGUGCCGGCGCACAACCAGGAGGAGGAGCCGCCGGCAUACGAUACUUAUGGAGAGGCGGUCUAUGACUCUCCUCCAGCAUCUCGUCUGAAUGGAGCCACGAUGCGGCUCCUUCCAACCAGCACGACUGUCGAGAGUGAUUUGAGCGCUGAGACGGGGCCUGCCUCGGAGUAUCCCUAUGGGGAACCAUAUACCGAUGAUAGCAGAAGUGAACGCGAUCGAUACUUCCAGUAUGACUCGAGUGACUCUCCUUCACGGCCCAUGUCGAGUCUGGGAAACGUACCAACGAUCCCUCCGCCAGCGGCAUCGACGGUAGAUGCCCCACAAUAUACUUCGCGUCCUGGUUCUCCCGCGCGGCCGUGGUCGCCGAAUCGUGUAGGGAACUGGGCCAGACCCCCGGCGCCGCCAUCGGUCGCAAGCUCGCAGUAUGAACGUGCGGAUCUCAACGGCAGUCCACGACCGGGCACCCCCAGUUCAAGAUACGGGGGUAGUCCUAGGCGACCGCUGCCACCGGCGCCACUGUUCUCAAUCCCAGGGGCUCAGGAUACGAGCAUUCCUAUCAACGAAGGGGAUGUAUUCGGUGGCGGCGGGCGGACUAUCGACCCUAGGCACGACAAUCGAGCCAGCAUGCAAUCACUCAUGAGCGAAUCUACGAUCACAGACGAGAAAGAUAUGAUGUCGAAAAUUGAUCUGGAUGAUGGUCUGGAUGAAACCGAUGAGAUGGUCGACCCGAACAUGCAUUAUGGCCCAGCUCCGGAAAAGCAGAGUCGCCGAGGUGUUCGCGAAGCCCAGAUGUCAAGGAAAGAGGUCCAACUGAUCAACGGUGAACUGAUUCUGGAGUGCAAGAUACCGACUAUUCUGCACUCCUUUCUGCCUCGACGAGACGACCGUGAAUUCACCCACAUGCGCUAUACUGCCGUGACCUGUGAUCCGGACGACUUUACCCAGCGAGGCUAUAAGCUGCGCCAGCAGAUCGGUACUACGAUGCGCGAGACAGAGUUGUUCAUCUGUAUUACGAUGUACAAUGAGGAUGAGAUCGGCUUCACCCGGACCAUGCAUGGUGUCAUGCAAAAUAUCACCCACUUCUGUUCGCGAUCCAAAUCUCGGACGUGGGGUAAGAAUGGCUGGAAAAAGAUUGUGGUCUGCAUCAUCGCCGACGGUCGUAAGAAGGUACACCCCCGGACCCUGAAUGCUUUGGCUGCCCUGGGGGUCUACCAGGAAGGCAUCGCCAAGAACGUCGUCAAUCAAAAGCAGGUUAACGCACACGUCUAUGAGUACACGACGCAGGUGUCGCUUGAUCCAGACCUGAAGUUCAAGGGUGCCGAGAAGGGCAUCAUGCCCUGCCAGGUCAUCUUCUGCCUGAAGGAACAUAACAAGAAGAAGUUGAACUCGCAUCGUUGGUUCUUCAACGCUUUUGGUCGAGCGCUACAGCCGAACAUCUGCAUCUUGCUCGACGUCGGUACCAAGCCUGCACCCACCGCACUGUACCACCUCUGGAAAGCCUUCGAUCGGAACUCCAACGUUGCGGGAGCAGCGGGUGAAAUUAAGGCCGGUAAAGGAAAGGGAAUGCUCGGUCUCCUGAACCCGCUGGUUGCCAGUCAGAAUUUCGAAUAUAAGAUGUCCAAUAUUUUGGACAAGCCGUUGGAAUCCGUUUUCGGGUAUAUCACGGUGCUUCCCGGAGCGCUCAGUGCGUAUCGCUUCUUCGCUCUGCAGAACGACGCCGAGGGCAACGGACCCCUAAACCAGUACUUCAAGGGAGAAACGCUACACGGACAGGAUGCCGAUGUGUUCACAGCCAACAUGUACCUGGCAGAAGAUCGUAUUCUCUGCUGGGAGCUGGUCGCGAAGAGGGAAGAAAGAUGGGUUCUGAAGUUCGUGAAGAAUGCUGUUGGUGAAACCGACGUGCCAGACUCGAUUCCCGAGUUCAUCUCGCAGAGAAGACGCUGGCUGAACGGUGCCUUCUUUGCAGCCGUGUAUUCGAUCGUCAAUGUAAAGCAACUCUGGAAAACGGACCAUUCGCUGGCUCGGAAGAUCCUCCUUCAGAUCGAGGGCUUCUACCAGUUCAUGCAACUGAUCUUCACAUACUUUGGCUUGGCAAAUUUUUAUCUCGUCUUCUACUUCAUCGCCGGCUCGCUGACUGACGAAAAAAUUGACCCCUUUGGCCAUAACAUCGGCAAAUAUAUCUUCAUUAUCUUGAGAUACGCCUGCGUACUGGUGAUGUGCCUACAGUUCAUCAUUUCCAUGGGUAAUCGGCCGCAAGGCGCCAAAAAGCUAUACCUGUCCGGAAUUAUUGUCUUCGCGAUCGUCAUGUUCUACACCAUCUUCUGCACCGUUUAUCUGGUGGUGAUCGAACUGAUCGCCAAAACCGGCGGGGAUUCGUCAUUAACCGUGAGCAACGGACUUUUCAUCAAUAUCGUCAUGUCGCUGCUUUCCACUGUCGGCCUCUACUUCUUCUCCUCAUUCCUCUACCUGGACCCGUGGCACAUGUUUACAUCUUCCGCGGCCUACUUCAUCCUGCUCCCCAGUUACAUCUGCACCCUGCAAGUGUACGCAUUCUGCAACACUCACGAUGUAUCCUGGGGUACCAAGGGAGACAACGUGCUGAACAUGGAUCUCGGAGCUGCACGAGUCAUCAACGGAACCACCGUUGAAGUCGAAAUGCCCUCGGAGCAACUCGACAUUGACAGUGGCUACGAUGCCGCGCUCCGCAAUCUCCGGGAUCGAGUCGAAGUUCCCGAAACCCCCAUCACCGAGAGCCAAAUGCAAGAAGACUACUACCGCGCGGUGCGUACUUACAUGGUCUCCAUCUGGAUGGUGGCCAAUGUCAUCCUCGCCAUGGCCAUCUCCGAAAUCUACGGCCCGGACGCGGGCGGCACGAACAUCUACCUCGCCAUCAUCCUCUGGUCCGUGGUGGUCCUGGCCCUGAUCCGUGUGAUCGGGUCCACGACGUACGCCAUCUUACUCGUUGUGCAGAAGAUCGUCGAAGGCAAGGGCAAAUUCGAUGCCGGCAAUCUGGCGAACAUGAGUGCUACCUCGAGCGCGGUGAGCGGACACAAUAGCACGGCGCUCCGGUAUGGGGGUGGCGUUAGCAUGAAGGAUAAAUUCUCGGAGACGAAAUGGACGAUGAAGAGACAAUUAGGUAAAGCGAUGUUUUGGAGGAAGUGAUGACUUGAUCAUUCUGUCUCACUUCCUAGACAUCCCCCUGGUGUUUGUGUUUGUGUUCUCAUUUCUUUUUCUUUUUCUUGGAUGGAAUUUUGACGACUUAAUGGAUGGAUGAACGGGUUU